AGCAUCGUUUCACGCUGAUACGUCAGCUCAUGAAUUCAUUCGCUCGGUAAUUCAAUUCGCCAAAUUCAAGGACAAUCAUCGUGCGCCUUGACCCGAGUCUCCUGAAUUUUCGAUUUUCUCUCUUUCUUUUCACAAAAUUUCUCCGUACGGGCGCCCAAGCGCGUACGAUUUUCGGCUAGUCGAUACAGAUCCUCCUAAAAUAGAGUAAACUCAGAGCGCUGUGAAAAUACAGAAGUAGAGAGAGAGAGAGAGAGAGAGAGAGGGAGAGGGAGAAAAAAUUAAGUGAGUCAGGAGGAGUCCCCUGACUCCUGGACACUUGGUCGUUUCUUUCACGAAUAUUAUAAGAACCUCUGCGGGAGUCACCGGCGACGUCGCACGUGCUUAUAAUUCACUUUAUUAUCGAGGCACGUCCACGACCACAAAGUCCAAGCCCAUUGAAUUUCGACCAACUACCGGCACGAGGUUCCAUUCAGUCCGAUGUGAACGAGAUCGCCAAAGUUCCUUGCUUUUUCUUUUUUUUUUCUUUUUUUUUUUUCUUCUUUUAUCACCAUCAACCGUAGAGGCAGAGCCCCGUCGUUAAAUUGUCACGGUUCGCGAUCGGAGGAGAGAAAGAAAAUAAAAAAAUAAGAUUAAAAAAAAAACAAAAAGUGCUGGUGCGGUUCGAAUUGUGCGUGGCGUUCAACGUGAUUGAUAUUUGUUUGAAUAUUUUUCCACGUCCAGAUAAUAUUUGUUCGGGCCUUAUUUUUCUCAGGACUUUAUAAUAAUAAUAAUAACAAUACCAUCGGCAUGACGGUUCGGUGUAACGUCUGGUGUUAAACUGUCGCAAGAGUUAAUGAAAUUUGAUUGAUUUUAAUUUUUUUAAGAAAAAAAAAAAAAAGGAACGAUAUAUUAGUCAUAUAUUAUGUGAUAAUCGACCGGUACUCGCCUGCGGGAAUAAACGAACGAGUCGAUCGUCGAUGGAACGAAGAAUAGAAAAUUGUUGGAUGAGCAAAAAUGAAAAACGGAAACUGAGAAAAGCGAUUGAAUUUUUAAAGGCGUGCGGUGGGCGGCGUCGCACGGAGAAAGAUGUCGUCUUGACUCGUUAGACGUGAUAUGUAUGUCAGUAAUGGUAUUAAAGGGCCAAUAAAAUUUAGCAUCGUACGUGGGAAGUUAUUAAACACUAGUUGCAUACCGGGUAACGACCAAACGUCCGACUUUAUUCAACGCGAUUGGUUCGAGGAAUUUAUUCGUCCUCCGUUCUCUGCUGCAACCGCGGGACAACGCCUCGUAAAAUUCGGCCUCUGCAGCGAUCGUCCGUUUGCUUUUCUUUUCUUUUCUUUUUUUUUUUCGAGAAAAACAAAACGAUAUCACGUUGUUAAUUACACUACACUCGGGUGACUCGGUUGUGAUCGGUGACGACGAUGGUGAUCGUUAAUUGCCUGAGAGUUUGUUUGUUUCGUAGACGGUUUUGUGACGGUAACGGAUGAAGAAAUUCCUUGGCCUCCGUUACCAUUGCGUUAGUUCUUAUGUAAGUUAUUCGAAUAAUAAACGACGCGACGAAUGGUGCAGGCCGAUUGUCUCAGACCGCGUUGGAACAAUGUGCGUUUCGCUUCGCCGAGUUUUUUUUCCAGGUGAAAAAUAAAUAUGGAAUAGAGAAAAAAUAGACUGACAAAUUAAUCGCGGAGAUAGAUAAACGGGAAGUGCGAGCACCGGCCGUUACGACGAUUUGUUAUUAUUUUUAUUAAUUAUCACGGAUAACUGGAGAAUUUCUAAUACAGACAAGUCAUUAUCGCUACUUGACAUCCUACCAAUACCUACGCACAACAUGGGAAACCGCGAUACGGACGUUCAUCUGGAGUACGAUUAAAAAACUCACCGAGUUGACGCUCGGGUAGAACGGAGGAAGAUUGUUUUAAUUGAACGUCGAACAAAGUCGUGUCCCGGACGAAAGGAUAUACGUUUUUUUCGUCCGCCCCGAAAAUUAAGAGGCGAAGAUUCGGUGUCGGGACUGAAAUUCCUCCAAGAUGAAGGGGAGUUACCGGAAUUAGAAAAUUAAUUAUUUCGUUCGGCGGUAAACCGAUUCUAAAAUCGCACAUUUUUAGCGCGAUUUCGUUUCUGUGUUACCGAUAAAACAAACGGCGGAGUUAAUAUAUUCGUCAAAAUGGAAUACGAUUCUCAACUGUUUCAAGACCUCAUCAAGUUUCUGUCAAACCUUGGAGUCGUUCGACUUCCCACCGAAUUGGAACUCGCCAGAGAAACUCUUCUCUAUCGGAUAAGAGCAGCGUUGCCGUCAGCGGAUACCUACAUCAAUAUGCAGCUUGGAAAAACAAACAAAGACCAUACAGAAGACAAUAUUUCCAACGACUAUGUGCCUCCGUCGACCCCCAGCUUUCUGUAUCGAUACCAACCAGCGUCUGAUAUCAACAAGCAGAAAUCUCUGCUCGGACCCAAGCCUUGGUCUCAAUCAGUGCCUACGAAGGAUCCUCCCAAACAAUCGACGCAGCCCAAAGAUUCUGGCGUAAAGAAUAUUUCUACCGUUCAGAAUGAAACUGUCAAAAAACAGGAUAACGAAGAACCAUUGCUUGGGAUAUACUGGAACAUGAGCAGAAUGCAGGCCGAAACCAAGGCUCACAAAUUUGGGCCACUCAAUAGAAUAGAAAAAGGAUUAUUCUACGACAGUACCCCCUCACUGUGGGCAGCUCUGGUGGGUUCUCAUCUCUUGCUCUACAAGAUGUCUCGUAGGCCUAUGCUGGUUAUUUCGAUCAGAGGAUGCACCUGCGAACCCGUAGUGGUUGUUGCACGUGGCAAGAAAAAAGCCGAUCCAACUUUUGAACUGUGCUGCUCGGACCAGAAAACUUACCAGUUCAUAUGCAAUUACCAGACAGAGAUGCAGGAGUGGAUAGAGGCGAUUCGUCGAUGCGAUACUACGGCAGAAGCAAAAAAUGUCGACGAUCUUACCAAACUUCCUAAGCCAGCUAAGCGUUCGACAGCAGAAGAGCCCAUUUUGGAGGAGUUUAUCCCCAAUGUGGAGUACGAAGACAUUGUGAAUCCUGAUGUUCCAAAUCGUCCCGUCAAUUCCAAACAUCUUUUUCCCGGUAAUAGUGGCACCGAAAAUGUGGGAGAAUAUCCGAGACUCCUGCCAAAAUCGAGAUCUCCCAACCUUCAAGAGAGCGGCAGGAUGAAUCUAGCGGUGCACAAAGCAGCAGAGAAUAUCCCAUCUGGAAAAAACCAGCCUCUGGUGACAGCGCAAAUAAACAGAGGCUUACCCAGUCCUCCUACCGCUCAAAAAUCUUAUCAUCCACCACCACAGACUGAGGAUGAAGAAUUAAUUUAUAAUUCGAUCGACGAACCUCAGGAUAUCGAUGUAGCGGAGAACCUUGAUCUAGUGAUUUCUGUCGAUUCCGACGAGAUGAAUCUCUAUGAUGAUAUAGAAAAUCUGAAACCGGCGAUAGAGCUGUUGAAAUCAAAAGAGAACCAAAGAAAGUUGGAGAAAACAGCUCCCACGGUCACAGUGAUCGACGAAGAAGAAAUGUAUGACGAUAUAGGAAGCGCAACAAAGGAGGCUAAGGUUAUCGAUACAAAGGAACACAGAUUGCUGGAAACACCUAAAAAUAAAAAGGAAAAAAAGCCAGUCGAAGAGCCUGGUAAGGUAUCUGCGAGAAUAUCACCGUUAACUUACAUGACCAAAUGGUGGAAGAAGAACGAAUCGCCGCAGAAAGGAGAUAUAAAAAAAAUACAGACAGCUGGACCCCCCAAACCACAAGAUACAGCAACUACUAGUUCCAAAUGUCUCCCUCAAUCUGAGACGAGUCACGUCGACCAAGUGUCCCUCGAUCAAUCGGAUUACAACAGCCCACCACCCCCGAGGCUGGUCUCCGAUCGAAAUCAUCCACUGCAGAGUCUUCAGGAUGAUCAGGAAGAACAGUUCUACGAUGACAUUAAUAACAGAAUGAUUCGCUCCGAUAAUGAUGAAUCUGCAAAGCAAACUAAAGGUAAAGUAUCGCCAUUCCCUCCUGAGAAAAAGUGUGGGCCAUUGUCGAGCGAGAAGACUCUGCCAGCGAAGAAUAAGUUACAAACAUCCACCGAUUCUGAAAUCUAUCAAAAUCAAUCUGGGGACGCAAACGAGCUGGAAGAUAACUUGGAACAUUAUCAAAUACCGAGAGGUGACGCGAACGCCCAAACCAAAGCAGAGUCGGAAGACAGUGACAAUAACAGGUUAUACGACGACGUUGAGAUCGUCAAGCAGAAAAAACGGUUCAACGAAAAAGCGAAACAGAAACCAGCCGUCAGCCCGCCAAAAACUGUUCGACGCCCUCUCUUUGCUUCAUUGGAAAGAAGUUCGAUUGAUAAAAUUCAUAAGUUUUCUAAGACAUCGCUGGAAAAAUCUUGCCCAGGAAUAACCAUACCGCAUAAAUUUAAUAUGGAAAAAAAACGGAAGCCAGCAAACCUCCUAACUUUCCAAUCGAAUCAGCUCGAGUCCAAUGACAAUGAAAUGUACGAUGAUUGCAUAGCAGUUAGGUCACUGAACGCAAAAAAUCAGUAAAAUCUGGAGAACAAAUCAAGGCUGCCAUUGAUUCAGACCGCGAGAAUGUGUUAAUUGUUACUCACGUUUAUGAAAUGAGGUUGACUUUUCACAAGUGACGUGUUACUAACUACAAAUCGCAUUUUUUAUACUUUUGUACAUAAGUGAUAUUUUUUUAGCCUGUAUAUACAUAAGUCCCAUAAAGUUAUCGAAUAAAUCACAGCCCGAUAUCAUA